AUGUCAAACAAUAGUCAAGUACCAACAAAAGUUCAAUAUGAAGAGCAACCAAAACCACCUUUUUAUGCAAAUUUGAUUGCUGGUGGAAUUGCAGGUAUCAUUGGUGCCACCACUAUCUUCCCAAUCGAUAUGAUAAAGACUAGAUUGCAGAAUCAAAAGGUACUACCCAAUGGACAGAGAACAUAUAACGGUGCACUCGAUUGUGCGAGAAAGAUCAUCGCCAAUGAAGGUGGUGUUCGUGCACUCUAUCGUGGUUUGUCUGCCAAUCUCGUUGGUAUCACACCAGAGAAAGCACUAAAGUUGGCUGUCAACGAUCAGUUGCGUCAGAUACUACAGGGCGAUGCCAAGACAAUUACGAUCGGUCAAGAGGUGUUGGCCGGUGCCGGUGCUGGUUUCUGUCAGGUGAUUGCCACCAACCCGAUGGAGAUCGUCAAGAUUCGUAUGCAGAUCAGUGGUGAAGGUGGUGCGAAAGCAUCGCUGCGUGAGGUCGUCUCUGAACUCGGACUGCGUGGACUCUACAAAGGAACUGCCGCUACACUGUUGCGUGACGUGCCAUUCUCCAUGGUCUAUUUCUCGAUGUAUGCACGUAUCAAAGGUUACUUCACAGACAAGCAAACCGGUCAUAUCUCACUUGGUCACAUCCUUCUCUCUGGUAUUAUAGCUGGUAGUUUCGCAGCGUCAUUCAGCACACCGAUGGAUGUAAUCAAAACAAGAAUUCAAGUUAAACCAAAACCAGGUGAUCCAACAUAUAACGGUAUCAUAGAUUGUGUACAGAAAACAUUAAAAAAUGAAGGACCAAAAGCAUUUACUAAAGGAUUAGUUCCAAGAAUUAUGAUUAUAAGUCCAUUGUUUGGUAUUACAUUGGUUGUAUAUGAAAUUCAAAAGAAAAUAUUUGCAUACACUCACAACAAGAAUAAGCAAUAA